AUGCGCUGGUUUACAGGAGACAGCUCACGCCAUAUUGCAACGACAAUAGCUCACGACACCAUCCCCGUCGCUGAUACUGGUCUCAUCAACGGUGUUGGAAGGUUCAACGGCGGCCCGGCUAUUCCCUUCGCUGUUGUGAACGUGGUUCAGCACAGACGUUACCGUCUCCGUAUCAUCAACGAGUCCGCUCGUGCUGCAUACAACUUCUUUAUCGAUAGCCACAACUUCACGAUCAUCGAAACUGACGGUGUCAACACCAACCCUAUCAGCGGAAACCAAAUCCCUAUCCUCGCUGGUCAAUGA